UUUAAGGGAGUUGUACUCCAGUCUAGUAGGUGGCAGUAAUACAACAAAUUGGAUGCCAACCGCCGUUAAACAUCAUAGAAGAAGAAAGUUGUUGACCCCCUCGUGACCACUGUCUGUAAGUACACGUUGGAACUAGACCCGGAAGCAGCGUGUACACUGCUGAAACCAAGGAGACAGCAUGGCGGAAUACACAGGUACACAUCACGACGGUGGGGCAGGGGACGAUGUGCCCGAUCUCUCAGACAGUGAUAAUGAGGAACAGUGGCAGUGGAUGGAGGCCAAUGACAACAACGUUCAAGUUACUUGCUUAUUCUGUGACAAGAUGUCAAAUUCUGUACCAGAAACACUACAACACUGCCUAGUCGAGCAUCAAGUCAAUCUUGUAGAAGUGGUUAAGAAACACAAAUUAGAUGACUAUGGCUACAUCAAGAUGAUAAACUACAUACGAACAGAGAAGUGCAGUGGGCAGAGCUUGUCUACGCUGCCUGUGUGUUCUAUUCCCUGGGAGAGUGAUGAGUACAUGAGGCCAGCUUUACAGGAUGACCCCUUACUGCAGAUAGAUCUGGAAGAACUGUGUGAGGGGAAGGGGAUUUUGGCUGGCCCCUCUACUGGGGGCCAGUGUGAAGCCAGCUGCUCCUCUGAUGCUCUUCUGCAGAGGGCCCAGGCUGCAGAGGAGAGGGCCCAGCGCACAGAGGAGGCGCUGGCCAGAGCCAUGGACGACCUACACAAACUCAAGUUGCUGGCCCAGGGUCUAGUAUUGAAUGCGGAUGUGGGUCGGGGCACCGGGUCCUUGGGCGCCGUGGCUGAGCUCCGGGAGGACGAGGACGAGGCCUACUUCAGCUCAUAUGGCCACUACAGCAUCCAUGAGGAGAUGCUUAAGGAUAAAGUGCGCACAGAAAGCUACAGGGACUUCAUGUACCUCAACCCGGAAGUGUUCAAGGACAAGGUGGUGCUAGAUGUGGGCUGUGGGACGGGCAUCCUUUCUAUGUUCGCCGCCAGAGCGGGAGCCAAGAUGGUCAUUGGGGUGGACCAAUCAGAAAUCAUCUACCAGGCCAUGGACAUUGUCAGGUCGAACCAGCUGCAGGACAGGGUCACUCUGAUAAAAGGCAGGAUAGAGGAAGUCAAACUGCCCGUUGAGAAGGUGGACAUCAUCAUCUCAGAAUGGAUGGGUUACUUCCUGCUGUUUGAGUCAAUGCUGGAUUCGGUUCUCUAUGCCAGAGACCUCUACCUGGCCGAGGGGGGCUCAGUCUACCCUGAUCGUUGCACCAUCAGCCUGGCGGCAGUGGGCGACACGGAGAAGCACCAGGACCGCAUUGCAUUCUGGGAUGACGUAUACGGGUUCAAGAUGGCGUGCAUGAAGAGGGCCGUGGUGCCAGAGGCCGUGGUGCAGGUCCUCAAACCAGACACACUCAUCUCUAAACCUGCAGUCAUACAGGGGAUCGAUUGUAACGCAGUGUCUCUCUCUGAGCUGGAGUUUGCAUCAGACUUCUGCCUAAAGAUAACAGACAGCACGGACUGCACAGCCAUCGUGGGCUACUUUGACAUUUUCUUCGACAGAGACUGCGGCAACAAGGUGAUGUUCUCCACGGGACCACAGGUCACCAAGACGCAUUGGAAGCAGACAGUAUUCCUGCUCGAAAAUCCCAUCCCUGUACAAGCAGGGGAGGAGCUUCAGGGACGGAUCACCAUACGCAAAAACAAAAAGGACCCCCGCUCGCUGUUCAUCACCUUUGACCUCCAUGACAUGAAGCAGACCUACAGCCUGCAGUGAGUUCACUGAUCACAUGACUACGAUCAUCAAUAGUGUGGCUGAACUGAAAUAUUCCCCAGACUUUGCCAAAACAAUUAGUAUUAUUAUGGUUGUUAUUUUGAAAUGUUUAACUCUUAUGGAAUCAGAAACAGCUUAUCUUCAUAUGGAGCAGUAAAUGUAGAUAAUAUAGGGAUUCGUUUAAAAAAAAAAAAUGAAAGUUAGACUGACAGAGUGGUGAGACAGGGAGAGUAUGAAGUGUGCUUGAACAACAAGCUGUGGAGUUCACUGCAUUUUUAAUGCCAUACCUGUUAAUAAACACAUUCCCUCAUACAGAA